AUGGCAAAUAGUGGUAAUAGUCUUACUAAGGGUGGAAAUUUAAAGCGUGCAGAUUUAAACACAGCAUUUAAAAAAUACAGUAUUUCUAAUUGUUUAUUGAGAAGUAAGGAUCAUUUAAUUUACGAGAAUGAUAGCGAAGAUACAGACGAGGAUACAGGUGAAGGUUCAGACGAAAAUACUAACAAGGAAAAUGAUUUUAAUAAUUGGCCAGAAUGCUUUGUUGUCAUUUAA